GCCAAUGAAAUCACUCCUUGCAUGCAUCUACGAAACUGCAUCACAAUUAAACCCUCCCAAGACCUGCAGUGCACGAGAACUCGAAUAGGCAAUGGUGGACCGUCCGAUAAAACCUACACCCCCUUCUCCUCUGGUGACGUUCGUCUCCAAGAAAAUCCCACGACGUCGCCGCCCACCUCCACCACCAGCCUCUCCCUCCUCUACCGCAGCGGCGCGGAGCGGCGGGGAUCCAUCUAGGCCUGGACUGCUGGUUGCUUCUUUCGCUGGUAAUGAAUCCUUCACUCGUUUGUCCUUGGCCGCGAGCGACAGAGCCUAAACUGAACUUUUCCCUCGCCGGGAUUUCAUUGGAUUGGAUUACGCGAUUCCGUCUGGGCUGGUGCGGGUUAAAUGUUUGCGACUGUGACGCUCGAAACUGCACCGAAGAAGAAGAGCAGCAGGCAGCCAGCCAGCCGUCGCCCCGCCGACCCGUCGAUUGGAUUGCGUUGGGAUUGGUGGUCCAUCCCAAUUUUAGGGUUGUUUUCUUCCACUGGUAUCCAGGCACCAUAUAGUUUACUGUUGGACGAAUCUUUUGUCCAUCUGCAAUGGAAGCUAAGUUUUUCCGGUUCCUGAAGCUUGUUGGGGUUGGUUUCAAAGCAAGGUCAGAGUGCCAAGGCCACAAGUUGUUUCUGAAACUGGGCUACAGCCAUGAAGUGCAGUUCACCGCUCCACCUGCCGUUCGUGUCUUCUGCUUCAGACCCAACAUAAUAUGCUGUACUGGCAUCGACAAGGAUAGAGUGCACCAGUUCGCGGGCGCUGUCCGGAGCUGCAAACCUCCAGAGGUGUACAAGGGGAAGGGUAUAUUAUACUUUGAUGAAGUUAUCAAGCUGAAGCCAGGGAAGAAGCAGAAGAAGUGAUGACGCAGCAAAGAUGUUAGACCUUUAUGUUUGGUUUUUAACCUCUUAAGAUUGAUCCUGUCACGCAUUUGUAGCGAUGCAAAUUGCAUGUGAUUCUCUUGUGCUAGGCAGAUCACCAUUAUCCCAAACUGCCACACUGGCAGGCAAUGCAAUGUAUGUGAGGCUUCUAGUGAAGUUGUAUGAUCAUGCAUAGGAAUAAGUUACCACCUCAAUUUUGUUGACAUCAAAUGGAACCUUUACUUUGCAGAUUGGAUCCCAGUGCUGAGUGCAAUAUUUCUUUUCAGA